AUGGAGGACACCCGAUCAAACCGCGACGUGGAGACACUUUCAGCGAGGGAGUACCCCGGUUCUCCAGAGGUUCCUACCCGUGGCUAUGGAACGGAAGAGCGAACGUCAAGCCGUAGUCGCGCUGAAGAACCGCCUGCUGCACAGCUGGAACCUCCUCAGAAUCAAGAUAACCUCAUUCUCCCCUCGAGUGCAUACCGCCCCGAUUCGAGCAAACGCCAGUCCACCAUGUCUACAAAGUCGGAAGUGGAUACUGGAGAGUUUUUGAUACCCGUCGCAUUCGACCCUACACCCGACGAACGUGUGUCGCCGCAUAAUGAAGUUCCUGGUCUAGAGCAAGCACGCCACCAGCCGCAAGAUUACUUUGAUCAUUCGCGACCAGCAACAUCCUCUCGCCAGACUUCAGUUGAUCGUACAGAAACUACUCAAGCAUCCGCCCCUCACAUUGCUUUUCAACAAAAAGAGCGCCAGGCGAGCAAUCCUGUCGCGGAUCAGAACCGCUGGCGACAAGAGCCAACGCCGAAGGUUGCUCAGACCAAGGCAGAAAGCGAUGGGUUCAAAUUACAGGAGGCACCGAGAGGACGGAAGUCUGCUUCUACUCAUAGCUCCAAGUCUGACCUCAACGCGGCCAAAGAAGGAACUUCUGUCUCGACAGGUUCUCCCGGAGCCGUUACCGCAGCUUCAUCCGAAUCAUCCAAGGCACCCCAGCCAUUUACGGAGAAACCCACAAGCCCUCCCAUAUCCAUCGCCUCGCCACCAGUGCGAUCGCCCGACCAGAAUCGUAGCAGUUAUGUUGAAAUUGAGCAUGACCGAGCCGAUACUAAUAUGACUCUUCCCAAAUCAAGCACAGUCCAGGCUCUUCCAAAACGAGGCGAUUCUUUGGAGCACUUUGUUUCAAGCCAAAUCCAGCGCAAGGAUGUUGGCUCUACUCCUAAAGCUUCACCAUCCGGUCGUGGUGACCAUCGUGACUCAAAAGAAUCAGCCGAUGUUUCUCGACAGUUGACUCAUAAUGCAGAGACAGAACUAUCGAAAGAGGUGUCAGCAGACAGAACCAAUGUGCCAAUUUCCCUGGACAACUAUCACGGUCGUAAUGGGUCGAAUGCUCCGUCUCUAUCAGACGCCAUCAAAAAUAACCUUGCCUCGUCACCUGCCUUGCUGCGUUAUAGUGGUGGUGGUGAUUUCUCGCUGGACGAGGAUUUGGCUAGGAUUUUAGGACCUGAAGCCCAGACCGGUAAAAGUGAGUCCGCCAAGAGACCGAUGUCGAGUUCUGUACGCCAUGGUCGGAGCUAUAGCGAUAAGGGAUCGAUUAUGUCAAAGGACGGCAAGUGGCCGAGGUCUCCAGUGAAUGGCAACACGUUCGCACAGGAUCCUAGCAGUCCUGACACUCCCUCUCCGAGUGAACAACGGGAGGAUAUCAGUUGGCUAAGGGGCGAGCUACGUAGAGAGCGUCAACGGGUAAUGGAAAGAGAUCAGAAAAUCGCAGAGCUAGAGAGAGCUUUGAAUGCUCAAGCAGAUAUCAAAAAGGCUAAUACCGAGUUGCGCGAGAAGCGCUCGACCAUGGUGGUCUUGGAUACUAAGAAAGAAGUGGUCAUGCGCGAGCUUUCUGCUAUCACAGAACAUCUUGAUCGAGAAAAGCAUGGUGCUGCUCCUAUGGAUCUAGCAAAACUGACAAACAAUGUUGUGCGUAACUUCGCAGAAAAGCUACAGCAACUCAAAGACUCUUUUGCCCCACAGAUUGAAGAGCUUAUGCAGAAACGAAAUGACAUCGUGGAGGAAGUUGCAAACCUUUCACGCAUGAAAGACAAGAGUUUCCAAGAAUUUGAACAGUUGUCUUCAAAGAAUGCACAACUAGCAGAACUGAACAACCAGCUCGUGAACCAAAUUCAGGGCCUCUACAAAGCCAGCUCAGCCACAGAAUCAAAUCGCUCCACAAACGGCUUGGGUAUUUACUCACACAACAAAGAGAAGUCUACUGGUUCUGUUGAUGCGUCCAAGACAAGCGAUCUUGCUUCCUCAGUCUCCACCAUGACGAUUCAAGACGAUGGCGAUGCCACAAUCAUUCCUGGUCCACAGGUUGUUAGUAUUCGCAAGGGACAGGUGCGCAAGUUUAACUGGAAGAGAGGAGGGCAGAGUGUGGCCAAGGGUGUUUCCAAGGGACUUAAAGCCUUCUCAAGCGAAAGGGACAUGAUCGGUCCAGAUGGAACGGUUCAGCAAAUCGAGGUCAACCCGUCGCUGCCACGCUCUCAAACACAGGAACCCAGAUUUGGAUUCUUUGGAAAUCAGAAGCGACAGGCUGCGUGGAAAAACCAGACGAAUGGAAGCUCACCAGCGUUAGCUGAUGCUACUGUGAAUAGCGAGAGUCUAUUCGGCGUCGACUUGGAGCAACGCUUAGAACUAGAAAAGAGUAUCAUUCCUUCGAUAGUUACACGGUGCAUUCAAGAGGUUGAGCUGCGAGGGAUGGACGAAGAGGGUAUCUACCGUAAAUCUGGCGCGUCGACCGUCACCCAGUUUAUUCGCGAAGGGUUUGAGCAAGCGAACGAUUUUGACAUUUCUGACCCAGAUCUCGACAUUCACGCCGUUACAUCAGCGCUUAAACAGUACUUCCGCAAGUUACCUUCGCCGUUGAUCACCCAUGAAGUCUACGACAGUGUGAUUGAUACAUUUAAUAUCCCCGAGCAUUCCACUCGCAUCGAAGCGAUGCGCAACUCGCUCGAUGGGCUCCCACGCGUCCAUCGUGAUGUGCUAGAGUUUCUCGUUUUCCACCUCAAGCGCGUCGUGGAGCAUGAAAAGACGAACCUGAUGACCAGCCAGAAUAUUGCAGUUGUGUUUGCUCCAACGAUCAUGCAACCAAAGGACAUUGCGCGCGAGAUGACAGAUGUGCAGAAGAAGAACGAAGCUUUGAAGUUCCUUGUGGAGAACUGUCAAGAGAUCUUCAUGUAG